AUGUCUACUCGUGGUCACCGUCUUGGUACAUUUAAGGCCACCUGGAACAAACUCAAAGCGGCCACGCUUGAUAACUCCGGAGUUACCGAGAAUGGCGCCGUCACAGACUCGGAUCUGCCCAAUCAGGAGGAGCCCCUGAACCUCAACGGCACAAACGGCUCAGCCAAACCAGAGUCCAAGGCCCAGUCCAGGAUCGUGGAAUUCGGGCCUCGAGGCGAAAUGUGCGUCUAUUACCCGGAUCAAAUGGUGCUUGAGCUCUGGGACUGGUGUUCGCCAAACACCCAGGCUUAUCGGGGUGACUCUCUCAACUUGAUACGAAGUGUCUCCUUGAACAAGCAAUUGGUCGCCCUCAAGGUUGGUGACUUUGCAGGGCUUCCUGGCGUUGUCUUCACGACAAGUGAUACCGUGCACAUGUACAUUCAUGGCUAUAAGGAGCAGUACCUGGCCCUCCCCUCCUACUUCAAGGCACCGCAUACAAUCAAGCUAUCUCGUGAGUUGUUAACGAUCGGCUCUGCAAACGGCUACAUCUGUAUCUUGAAUUUCCGCCAAAAUACGGGUAUCAGGCUCGACCCGUACGAGCUGCACAACAUCCACCAGAAUAUUACGAGGCCCAUCGCUGAUAAGGAGGGUAUCACCACCGAUUGGCUAUUCCUCAAAGCAUGCGUCUCCAAUGAUGCCCCCAUCUAUGAUUUGCAAGGCUCUUGGCUUGUGUACUGUCCCACCAAGACGGAGAUGGACCACCAGAGACACCUCCUCCAUUCACACAGUAACUCGACCAAGAAGAAAGAGUCUCGCCUGGAAUGUCUCUUUACAGACGUGAAGCUUCCCCCCUCAGGCCCACUUCUCAUGCGUGUUGUCUCGUCCAUAUCCGGCUCGGCACUCGAUAAGCUCUACGCCCUUUCUGAAACGGGGUCGAAGACAAUUCGUGAGUACUGGCUGAAACCCAAAGGAGCCAAGAGCAAUAUCUUGGACAAGGAUGUGUCGCUUCAUUCGAUCAGUAACAACAUCAGCCAGACCCUAUACUCCACCGCCAACAAGAUCAAGAAACUGACGCAAGAUUCAGGUGAGCACAAGUACAUUCGUCUCAUAAAUCUUCACAACGGGCAGAUGAUUGCUACCUUUAAACCCCCUGGUGGGGUGUCACAUUUGUCGCUCAGUCCGUAUGAUCUCCAACUUGUUCAGGCCAGCGCCAAAGGAGAUGCAUUUUACCUCUGGGAUCUUUACAGAUUGCCAAAGGAAGCUUCCUUGGUGGGCAAGUUUGUCCGUGGCAAUACGAGUGCAACCAUCAAUGAUAUUUGCUGGUUUGUGAAUUCCGAAGGCCCAGGUUGCAGCGACGGUACCAACGCCGGUUUUGGCUGUAUCUCCAAGAAGAGUGGCUCGCUUCACUGGUAUAACAUAAACUACUUGUCGCGUGGAAUAGAGUCCAACAACCAUCCUAACAAACUUGGAGGUAAAUCCAGAGGAUUCUCGAGUGAUCAAUUCCUAGACUCGUGGGUAUUGCCGUCCAUUGGAGCGUGUAGGUUUGUGAAGCUUCCUAAAGUGUCCAAUCUCCCAUCUCGCUUGAGUGAAGAGCUGACGUUGGAUAAGAAAUUGUUCGAGAUGGAUCAACUCGCGUUCUACGACAAAACUGGCGACUUGAGAUUGGUGUCACCCUUGAAUGGUAAGCACACAUUCAAAUACGUGUUGCCAAAAGAAUCGCUGCAAAAACCAGUGGCUCAAGAGUUAUCGGGUAUCUUCCCAUUCCCCCGAGCGACUGGUCCAAGCAAAGAGGACAAGAAGUUCGAGACACCUUUGUCUCAGACGGAGAUAGAAACAUGUGCCCAAUAUCUCAGUGUUAUCAAUGAUAAGCGAUUUGAGCUUUCCACUUUUGAGCUCGCUGGCGAGAAGGACAUUUUCGACUACCUCGAGGACUUUGGGCUGGAUAUCCCAACAAGAAGAGUAGAUUUCAGAGGUGCACCACAGCCACAGCUGCCGGUACUAAAUGGAGACUCUGUCGCUGCGCUUGAUAAAGGAUUGUUGAUCAAUCCUGAAAUAUCUGGAGAAGAACUUAGUUGA